UUUGGGCUUUACAAAACCGAACCCGAUAAAAUUGAAAACUUUUCUAUCUAUUAAAGUUGAUUCGGGUUGGUGUCCUAGUAGAGAGUAUCCUACCUUCUCAGACAACCAAUAAAUCAUAGGCUUUAUUAAAUACAGAAAUCUGGAGAGUGUGCCCUGCCCCGCAGUUUUUUAUUUAAUUAAGGAAAAAGAGGUAAGGUUGGCUGCGCUUUUCUUUUCUAACAUCUCUCCCACUAUUUUCACUGCUAAUCAUCAUCACAACAAAGAUACAGAGAAAGGAAAUGGGAGAACCAUCAGACCUACAACAUCAGCAAUCAUUUUUCAAGAAACACUGGGAAGGGUUUACAGAAUUUUGGGGAGAUAGAUUUUCGUUUGUUGAAAACUAUGCAAGAUUCCUCAGGCGUGAUAAACCAAUCCCUUCUUGGUCUGAUUCUGAUGUUCAAGAAUUCAUUGCUUCAGAUCAUAUUCAUGGCCCCACUCUGAGGACUGCUAGGGAAGCAGUAAACUUUGGACUUACAGGAAGUGUAAUUGGAGCAGUAUCAACAGCAGGUGUUGCCUGGAAAUAUUCAAGGAGCUUGCAUGGUGCUGGGCUGUCCUUUCUAGCUGGAGGUGUUUUUGGGUGGACAUUUGGACAUGAAGUUGGAAACCACUGGCUACAACUCUACAGGUUGGAUACCAUGGCAGCACAGGUUAAGUUCAUUGAGUGGUGGGAGAAAAAAUGUGGAGAGUAGUCUUAAGUUGGACUGUUGGUUGAACGUGGAGCUUCACCGAAGAGUCGUUCACCUUUUCAACAAUAAUAUAAAUGCUCCAUUGCAGAAAAUGUAAUGGCAAUUUGCAUAACUUGUGUUUUAUGCUAGAAUCUUGAAAAUAUCAUGGAUUUACUAUCGUUGUUCCUUGCCUAGGAUGCUAAUUGAUAAGAAUGCAGUUUGUGUGCUGUUGAUGAUAAUAAUAAGUUUCCUUGCGCUUUUUUGACA